AGAAGACAGGAGCUAAGCAUAUACCCAGCCAACCGACCAGCAGCGAAUGUGCAGCUAGCUGCCCAUUUCGGUCUGGGGCUUGAUUGAUCUCUCCAGCUGUGCUGCACCGAAGAAGCAAAGCAUCCAUCCUCAUCGAUUCGUGCUUUGCUGACCCUCUUGAAUCCAUCAUGGCUCUGUUAUCUCACUGGCGCUCGUCAGCCUUUGUCAGGCCGGCCCUCGUUGGCGAGCCUUCUGCAGCAGCAUCCCGCGCAGCCUCCUUCAGCCAUCGCACACAGCCCCAUCCAUCGAGGCGGCCGCCGCCAACACACCUCAACAGCACACGCAGUGAUCCACCCACGCCGCCUGUCGAUGGCUACGAUGUGAAUCGUCUGCAGUGGCACUGGAGGAGGGGGCUGGCGGGCCGGCAUCACGAUGAUGGUUUACGUCGCCUGCCAGUGGAUGGACGGUUGUUGCGGUGUGUGCGGAGGAGGGUGCACAGUGCAUCGUCAUCCGGAGCGUCGAAUGUGAUAGGGGUGUCCAGCCUCGUGGGGCGCACAACCAACCCUAUACGGUCCGCCAGGGAGGGAGCAACCGAGGGAGGGAGGGAGGGACAGAGGGAGGGAGGGAUGCUUGAUUCGAUUAAUAAGUGUGGUUGCUGUGGUUGCUUUGCCUGUGGGCCUGCCUGCCUGCCUGCCUGCCUGUCUGUAUGUGUGCAGUGAGAUCGUUGACCGGAUGCACACCACUCCCAACCCCAACAAGGAACUGUGAGCUGCCCGCACACACACACACACGCGCACAGACACACACACACAGACAAACAAACUUGUGCCUGCCUGCCUGCCUGCCUGCUUGGUUGCUUGGUUGUGUGGCCGGGCGGCGUUGCAGCAUCCCCCUGUCCAUCGGAGGUAUGGUGCUAGACAGACAGACAGACAGACAGCAAGCACAGCACAGCAGACACCGCGCAGUGCAAGCUUCCUGCCUCCCUCCCUCCCUCCGUGUGUGUGUGUGGUAGACCCCACUGUCUACGGCAACUUCAAGGCCCCCCAGAGGAUACAGCAGAGGUUCACCCAGCUGGUGCAAGACCUCGAGCACAACGGCUACGUCCACUCGGCCGGCAUCCCGGCCGUCCGCGAGACAGUCGCCAAGAAGUUCUCACCGCCACCGCCACUCAGACAGCUGUAAGUGCGUAUGUGCGUGAGUGAGGCGCGCUGCUGCACAAGUGUGUGUGUGUGUGUGUGUGUCUGUGUGUGUGUGUGUCUGUGUGUUUGGAUGCAGCACGGCUGAGGAUGUGGUGCUGACGUGGGGGUGCAGUCAGGCGCUGGAGUUCGCCAUCAGUGUGCUGGCUGAGCCGCACAAAGACGCCAUCAUACUGCCCAGACCUGGUAGGGGUGGGUGGGUGGGUGGCAGGCCAGCCACACAGACAGACAGACAGACACAAGUCGAUCUCUCUAACUGUCUGACAUAUACGUCAAACGUGCCUGUGUUUCCUCUGUCUCUCCUGCCUGGGUCGGUCCAGGAUUCCCUCUAUAUGCCACUGUGAGGAAUCCUUCCAUCCAUCCACACACACCAGGCACGGGCCCGACUGUCUGCCUGUGCCGUCUUGUGUGUGUAUGUGUGUGUGAGCAGCUGUGCCGUCAGCGAGAGAUCGGCUUCCGCUACUAUGACCUGAAGCCUCAGCCUUCGCCCGACGGCACAAGCCUCCUGUGGGCCAUCGACCAGGACAGCCUGGCGCGGGCCGUCGAGGACGACUCGUCAGGCACGGCGCGGGCGAUACUGGUCAACAACCCCGCGAACCCCACCGGCAGCGUCUUCUCGCGCACGCAGCUCCAACACGUCAUCGGUGUCGCCGAGAAAUACGACCUGCCCAUCGUCGGGGACGAGAUUUACGCCAACAUGGUCACACAACCACUGCACGCCAUUGACCCGUUGGUUGACUCAUUGACUCAUUGACGGAUGGAUGAAUGGAUGGCUGGGUGGCCCCGUCAUGUCAUGUCAGGUGUUUGAUGGGUGUGAGUAUCACUCGCUGAGUUCGCUGUCGGCGUCGGUGCCGGUGCUGGAGGUGGGCGGCAUCGCCAAGCAGUACAUGGUGCCGGGCUGGCGCGUCGGGUGGGCUCUCGUCCACGACAGGGACGGCAAGAUGCACCAGGUCAGGGCAGGGGGCUCGACUCACUCGUGGCUGGCUGGCUGGCUGGAUGGAUGGAUGGAUGGCUGGAUGGAUGGCAUGUCUGUGUGUGUGUGGUGUGGGUGCGCAGGUGCGUCGUGGGCUGCACACGCUGGCCACUGUCACCCUGGGGCCGUGCUCCCUCGUGCAGCCUGUCGUCGAAACGUGACCUAAGCAAACACACCACCCGCGACCGGCCAGCAGUGGUCGAUCGGGUCUGCUUGUGUGUGUGUGUGUGUGAGUGGUUGGCAGGCUGCUGAUGGAGACGCCCGAGGAUUACUACAAGGAAACCAUGGUAGGCACGGCACACACGGAGCACCAGCCGACAUACAGAGAGACAGACAGACGGAAGCAGCCUUCUGUGUCUGUGCUGUUGGUUGUGUGUGCAGCUGCUGCUGGAGGAACAUGCCCGCGUCUUCGCGUCUGAACUCAAAGGUCGCCGGCCACUCACUCUCGGACACACACACCCACCCCACUGCGCGCGUGUGUGUGUGUGUGUCAGGUGUGCAAGGUUUGGAGGUGGUGUCCCCUCAGGGCGCCAUGUACGCCAUGGUAACCGAUUGACUGACGAAUGAAUGGCCUGGCUGCAUGCAGAGACAUUCUGCCCUCUCUCUCUGUCUGUCUCUCUUGGUGUGUGCGUGUGUGUGUGCAGGUGCGUGUCGACUGUGGUCUGCUCGGCUUCGAUAGCGAUGUCGACUUGAGCAGACAACUGCGUAGGUUGAUUACACACACAAACCGCCAGACGAACAAACCCCUCUGUGUGUGUGUGUGUGUGUGCAGUUGAAGAGGAGUCUGUGUUUGUGUUGCCGGGUCAGUGUUUCGAGAGCCCCGGCUACGUCCGGGUGGUCCUCUCGCCGCCUCUCGACAAGCUCACGGAAGCAGCCAGGUACACAAACCCACCCACACCACACAAUCCAUCCAUCCAUCCAGAGGGGUGUGGUUUUAUGGCUUGUAGGAGGCUGCGUGAGUUUUGUGCUCGUCAUCGAGCUGAGCAGAGGGGCUGAUGCGUCCGUCCGUCCGUCUGUCGUGUGUGUGUGUGUGUGAUGUGUGCCAGCCAGUGCGUACGAAGGCAGUAGACAUCUAGAUGGUGCAUGCGAAGCAGAGGGGUGUCCCAUGUGACCUACCUGAAUUAAUUAACUGACCUGUCC